UUCAACUUCAACCAUCAGCCUUCUUCUUCACUCCCAUCAAAGCAAACCUAUCUCUCUCCUUCACAUUCUCUCACUCUCCAAAAAAGCUCUGCACUUUCUCAAAGAGAAUGUUCAUGGGAAAGAUGGGUCUUUUGGGAAUCUUGGUGUUGUGUUUUGCUGCAAUGGUGUGCUCUGUUCAUGGCUAUGACGCUGGAUGGGUCAAUGCUCAUGCUACUUUCUAUGGUGGAAGUGACGCUUCUGGAACAAUGGGUGGAGCUUGUGGGUAUGGGAAUCUCUACAGUCAAGGAUACGGAACCAACACUGCAGCGUUAAGCACAGCUCUGUUCAACAACGGGCUUAGCUGCGGCGCGUGUUUCGAGAUCAAGUGCCAGAGCGACGGCGCGUGGUGUUUACCUGGUGCUAUUAUAGUCACGGCCACCAACUUCUGUCCUCCCAACAACGCUCUUCCUAAUAACGCUGGUGGUUGGUGUAACCCUCCGCUUCACCAUUUUGACCUUUCACAGCCUAUCUUCCAACGCAUUGCUCAUUACAAAGCUGGUGUCGUCCCUGUUUCUUACAGAAGGGUUCCGUGCAAGAGAAGAGGAGGUAUAAGGUUCACAAUCAACGGCCACUCUUACUUCAACCUCGUAUUGGUGACCAAUGUUGGAGGUGCUGGAGAUGUACACUCGGUAGCGGUUAAAGGUUCAAGAACAAGGUGGCAACAAAUGUCAAGAAACUGGGGACAGAACUGGCAAAGCAACAAUCUUUUAAACGGUCAAGCAUUGUCCUUUAAGGUUACUGCAAGCGAUGGUCGAAUCGUCGUCUCUAACAACAUUGCUCCAGCUAGUUGGUCGUUCGGACAAACCUUCACAGGCCGUCAAUUCCGUUGAACUUGUCUCAUUUUGGUACAAGUCGGUUCGGUUCUUAUAUAGUUUUAGAGUUUGUGUAGUGGUGAGGAAAGAGAAGAGACAGAGAUAAAGAGGGUUUAAGGCUUUUUAGGGUUUUAAGAGGAGAGCCUUGAAAACUUCUUCUCUGACUCUUGAGGGGUAAAAAAUGGAGAGAAGAGCUUAUAUUAAAAGGGCUCUUUUAGUCAUUUUAAGGAUUAGGGUUUUAGUGAAGUUUGGUAUUUGAGUAGUAGUAGUAGUAGUAGUAGUAGUAGAGUGGUGUGUGUUCGUUCUUAAAGGGACCUCUAUGUUUCACCAAUGGGUUCCUUUGUUUUUAUCACUUUUCUUUUUUUGCCUUUUUUCUGUCUUGUGGUUUAAAAAAAGCAGAAGUGGGUAGGGGCAGAGGAGGAAUUUCACCUCCCGCCUUGUUGUUUUUUUUUACUUUUACUUCUUGGGUCGUGUUUUUUGUUGUUUACGUUAAUCAAGUUGUAAUGUAAGGGUUUGGUUAAGAUCCAACUUUACACCUA